AUGCCCAAGGGUCUGAAAGCUGCAAGCCUUUGGGUGCUGUUUUCUAAAAAGAGCGAGAAGCAAGUGGUAACCACCGUAGACACAGAGACUUCAAGGCAGCAUAAACCGAGAAAGGUCCAGGAAUUCACAGGUCAGAAAUCUCAAGAGUGGGAAAAUUUCAAAAUGGGAUGCACUGAAGCUAGUCUGGCAUGCAUUUCAGAACUCCCUGUGGGAUGGACCCAGCAAUAUAUAUUCUGGUCAAUGAACAGGAGUCUUCGACACAUAUUCCAAUAUCUGGAAAAUGCAAGAUCCAGUCUACUGGAACUAUAUUUGUCUAAACAUCAGGACAUGCUUUCUUCUACCUCCUCUAUUAUUGUGGCUCAAGAGGCUAUUCUACCCUGUUGUGUCUGUAAGAAAGCAAAACAUACUGACCUUGAUAUUUCCUCUGGAUCAUCACGUGACACCUCCGGCCUGUCUCAACUUCCUGUCUUUUCUGAAGGAACAACCUGGAAAUUACAAAGCCAGAGUUUAACUACAUUGCAAAGAAAGCAAAAUUCCAGGGUUAGGAACCAACUCUCGUCCCUGUAUUCUUUUAACUUCCCAGAAAUUAGGAACUCAAAAGCUCUUCAGAAAUUGGAAAUUCUUCCGCUCAUUAGAACUCAAGGCACUUUUAUCAAGUCUAGCACUGAACACUCAGAGAUCUGUAAACAAAAAAAGAAAGCAAAGAUCAAGAGAAAGAUCAAGAGAUAUGUGAUAGCAGAUAGGCCAUAUUCUACUUUUAAAAAGACUCCAAUAGCCCCAGCUUCAACCCGGAUCUCUCCUUUGUCUAGAUGGGAAUUGGAAGGACAUAUGGCUUGGAAGGUUUGUAGUUUGCGGGAACAAAGAGUGCCUUUACCAGUGAGAGAUUCAUGGAUUGCGAUGAAUUAUAUAAUUGAGGCACAAGAAGGAAUCCCUAAACCAGAGAAAACCCAAAUCCAUUCAUCAAGGUCCAAAUAUCAAAAUUAUGAGAAAAAUGUCAAAAAGAAAUCCCCAGACCUUGCAUCUGUUCUGAUCCAGGUGAACACUAAAGUGAAAUCUGAAUUAAACAAAACAGAAACAAAAAUUUCACAGUCACUUAUCCCAGGAAAGCAGUCACCUAAGGGUGAUACCCAAAUCCUUGGAUACAGGCCCUCAGUUAAAUCAAUGAACACUGCACCUGCCAAAAGUUUAGUAGCUGAUCAAAAUCAAGAAGCAACCACUUUUUUGCAAAAGGAUCCAAAACAUCUUCUAGAACUUAAAUUAAAGCAAAGGGUCACAGGUUUUCCAGAAAAGACACAGCAUCAUAAAACCCAAGCGACCAAAGUGGAAUUGACCCCAAAACUACCAUAUCAGUUCACAGAUAAUGUAAAGGUAACUCCACAGGAAUUGCAUCAAGUCAUGGAUUCAAUGGGGAUGAUCCCAGAAUCACAUUCAGAAGAGAUUGGAUCUACGGAUUUAUUCCCGCAGUCACCAAAUGAAGCUGGGAAACCAGUGGAAACCAUAAAAACAGACAUCAUAAGACACAAACUAUUUCAAAAUACUAAAUCAGUAGACGUAACACCAGAGCCUAAGUAUCACAGUAUAGACUCAGACAGACCAUCAAAACCAGUAACUCAUACAGACAAUCUGAGGGUAACUCCUGUAGAAUUGCUUCAAGUAAUGGAUACUAUGGGGAUGAUUAAAAAACCACAUCCUAAUAUAGAAUCCAUGACAGUAAUUCCAAGACCACAAUAUAAAGUCACGGAGGCAGUGAAAAUGAAUAUACAGUUUAAUGAUCAAAUCAAACAACCAGAAAAGAAGAGUCCAAGGUUACAACAUUUGAUCACAAAAAAGGUGGAAAUGAGUCCAAGGCUACAGAAUAAAAUCAUAGAAUCAGUGGACCUGACCUCAAGACCACAAAAUAAAGCCAUGAAAUCAAACAUUACUGUUCCAGCGCCAUUUUAUCAAAACAAAGAAUCACCAGCAAUGAUCUCCAGGUCAUUGCCUCAAGUCAUGAAAAUAACCCCAGUGGCAUUGCUACAAACUAUGGAUUUCAUGGGAAUAAUCCCACCAUCACCACCUAGAGUUAUAGAAUCAGGAGGAAUGAUUCCAAUUUCACAGUUGAAAAGUAGAGAGAAUCUUAAUUUGUCUGUGCCACCAGUGUUUCCAGAUAUAAAAACUACAGAGUUGACAAAAAAGCCACCACAAGGAGAUACAAAACUAAAACUGGUAGAGUCAGCUCCAAAGUCAAGUUUACAAGAUUCAACAAUGUCAACAGAUGUGAAAAGGCCUCAAAUGACAGGCCAUAGGGGGCUAAUUUUGGAGACACAGAAACAAGGAAAGACAUAUGAGGAACUUGUUCCAGGUACAAAUGCUCAAACAAUAAAAUCUGUGGAGCUGAAGUCCAAUGCCACAGAACCAGAAGGAUUGGCUCCAGGACAUCAAGCUUCAGAAUCUUCAGGAAUGUUCUCUGAGUCAAAAUAUCAAGACAUAAAACCAAAAUUCACCUUUGACACUUGUCAUGAGACAAAAGAAUCUGUGGGAUUGAUACAAUCACCUUUAAGAGAUAUCCCAGGGCCAUUGAAUCAAGUUUCAGAAUUUGUUUCAAUGAACUCUGAGUCAUCCCAAAAUAUACCUGACAUGAUGCUACAAAGCAUGAAUGUCAUGGGAGAUACUCCAGUGUCCCAAUAUACAACACAAACAUCUCUGAAACUGGUGCCAAUUUCAGAGAUGCAAGGUGCAAAAUCAGAGGUAUUGAUCCCAGAGCUCCCAGAAAAAGAAUCAUUAAAACUAGAGAUGCAACAUGAGAACUCAGUACCAACUGCUCAAGAUUUGAAAUUUAGAAAAUUAACCUAUGAGGCAUCUCCAUUGGUGGCAGGAACUACACAGUUUAUUACCGGGCCACAACCAAAUGUUAUGGAGUUGACCCAAGGGCCACAGCUCCAGGCAGUAAAGACCAGGCAAUUAGAUCCAGAGCUGCAAUUACAAGAUGUGAAAUUUGUUGAUUUAAUCCGACAGUCAGAUUCCAGAGUGGUUGACUCUGAGACAAUGAUACAAAAACCUACACUACAAAAUAAGACAUUAGAGGAAUUGACUAAGGAAGCCCAGCAUCAAGGCAUGAAAUUGACCCGAGGACCUUCACUGCAAAGUGUCAAAUUUUCGGUUUUAUCUCCAAAUCUUUUCCUCCAAGAAGAAAAACCUGCAGAUUUAAUUUCUGGGUCCCCUUAUCAGAAUGCGCAAUCUAAUGAAUUGACCCUAGGUUAUCCAAUGCAAGAAAUCAAAUUGUCAGAUCAAGAGUAUCAAACUGUUACAUCUGCACGGUUGUCUUCAGAACCACAUCAAGAUAAAAAUUUUGUGGAACUAACCUCAGGACCAUGUUUACAAAAUGUCAGAUUUUCUGAUUUGACCCCAGAACCAAAGCAUAAGGAAAUAAUUGAUGCACACUCUAUAGGAGAAAAACCUUUUCAAGUUACUGGGUCUAUAACAUUUAUAACAAAACCCUCUUUGCAGCCAAACCAACGAACCCCAGUUGGAGGGAUAAAAUCUAGCAGGUCUUUCGAAGGACCACCAUCUCAUAGCACAAAAUCUAUUAAAUUGAUCUCACAACAACAAGGUAUGAAACCUGAAGAAGUAUACUUAAUACCAAGGCAGGAAGAUGUCAAAUUUUCUAAACUGACUUCAGGACCAAAGCUUCAAGGUGUCAAAUUUAGAGAGGGAACUCCAGAACCAGUGUUUCAUGAUGUAAACUCUGUGGAUGUGACUACAGAGUUAGGAGUUCAAGAUUCUAAAUUAGUAAUGAUACCUGCUGGGCUCCAAGUUAACAAACAGGUAGGAUUUAACACAAGGCCAUGGCUACAGGAUGUCAAAUUUUGUGAUCAGACAUCUGGAACUCAACCUCAAGUAAUAAAAUCUUCAACAUUUAACUUAACACAACUGCAAUGUGUGAGACUUCCAGAGUUGACCUCAGAACCAAAGGGACAAGGAAUAAGAUCUAUGAAGUUGACCUCAGGACCUGAGCAACAAGGAGCUAGGCCUGACAUGUUAGUAUCAGAGCCACUGUUUCAAGGUAUAAAAUAUACAGAAAAUCAAAUAUCAAGCUUCCAAAAUAAUACUUCAUAUAAAUUAGCCUCAGAGUCAUCAGUACCAGAUGUGAAAUCUAUGGAUUUUACUCCUGCUCCCAAGUUACCAAAUGUCAACCAUUGUGAAUUGACUAGAAGAUCACAGUUACAAGGGUUUGAAUCUUCUGAACUGAGCCAAAGGCCACAGAUGCAAGAUAUUAAACCUAUGAAAUGGAUGUCAGUCUCAAAACCUCAAGGCUUAAAACCUGAUUUGACCACAGAAUCACAGAAUGGAAGAAUAAAAGAUAAGAAUUUAUCUCCAGUGCAACAGUUUCAAGAGAAGGCACUGGUGAAUUUAACUCCUGAGCCAGAAAAGGAGCUAUCUGCAGUCUCACCAGUACAACAACAUGUGCUUUCAGAGCAACUGAAGAAAUGUUCUAAAAGUUUAAAAGAUAAUGUGUGUUUGGGUUUAAUUCAGGACCCAACAUUUAAAGGUAGGGAUGUAGUAAGCCACAAUCUUCAGUUACAGUUGAAAGGUAAGAAAUCACUUGAGCCUGCUCCAGAAUUAAAUAUGGAAUGCGUACAACUUAAAGAGGUCAAACUUGAACCACAAUUGCAAAGCAUAAAACCUCCCAAGUUGACCCAAGGACCACAGUUGCUCCAAGUGAAGCCCAUUUCACAGCCACCAUUUCAAGGCAGGGUAACACUGGAGACAGAAAAAGAGCCACCUCUUGAAAAUAUGAAAUGUGCUCAAUGGAUAUUACAACCUGAAUUUCAAGGAGGGGAUUCCGUAGCAUUAAAUCUUGGGUCACAAUCUCAAGAUGUCAAAUCCGUAGAAUCAAAACCUUUGAUAUGGUUAAGGGAUAUGAAGUCACCUAAGUUGACACUGGAGUCAAAAAUUCAAGACACAACAUGUAUGGGGCCACAGUUUCAGAAAGUCAAAACACCUAAAUUAUUCCCUAGACAACAGCUACAAGAAAGGAAACUUUUGGUGUCAUCCUCAGAACCACCACUUAAAGGUGUGAAAACUGUAGAUUUAAGCACAAAGUUAAAGCUGGGGAGUAUGAAUUCUAGUAAGUGGAUUCCUUUAGCAGAGUUUCAAGAUAUAAUAUCUCAGUUAAAUAUUGAGCCACAAUCUCAGUGUAUCAAACCUACAGAAUUGAAACAUUUGAUACAAUUAAGAAAUAUAAAGUCAUCUGUGUUAACUCCAAGGCCAAAGCUCCAAGAUACACAAUCUUCUGCAUCAUUCCAGGAAAAACCUGGUGUGAAGUUGAAGAGUACACAAUCAUGUGAUCUAAGGUCAAAGUCAAAGCCUCAUGACAUAAAAUCUAUAAUGCUUCAACCUAAGAUUCCAUUGCAUGAUAGAAAGUCUCUUGAGUCGACCAUGAAACCACAGCUUCAAGAAGUGAAACCCUUGCAAUUCCAUCCAGGAAUACAGUUUCAAGCUGUGAAGACUCCAAAGUCACUACCCAUCAAAAGUAUGAAUUCAGCUAAAAAAAAUAUUCAGAAAAAUUUUGCAAGUGUGAAAUCCGAGGUCAGUUCUGAACCACAAUGGGAAGGACUACAAUAUUCUAAAUUUCCACUUGAGACAAAAUGCCAAGAUAAGAAAUUUACUGAGUUAGAACCAAGCUCACACAUGCAAGGCAUACCAUUUUCUCAAGUGGCCACAGGGAUCAAGAAUUCAGUUGUCAAAUCUACAGAUUUCAAUGUUGGGUUACUGUUACAAAAUGCAGCAUCUGGGAAGCUCAAAUCUAUGCCACAGUGGCAAGGUGAGGAAUCUGGAAUGACGAUGGGGUCAGAGCUUCAAAAAGUGAAGUCAGUGGAUUGUAAGUCAAGCCCACAGUUGCAAGAUAUGAGCUUUCCAAGAUUGAUAACAGGAUUGAAAGUUCAUAAUAUAAAAUCUUUAAAGUGUACAGUUGACCCACAAGUGAAGGUUGUGAAAUCUUCUGAAGUUAUUCCAGUAGAAAAUCUUCGAGGUGUAAAAUCUAUAGAGUUGGAUCCUCAUCCAAAACUACAAGAUGAGAAGUCUUCUGAGUUUGCCCUGGGGAGGAAGUUUUCAGGUGUGAAAUAUGUAGAGUCACAGUUGGCCCCACAAUUAAAAAAUAGGAACUGUUCUGACCUUAUCAUGGAUAUAAAGCUUAAAAACAUAGAAUCAGUGGGUUUUAGUUCUAUACUACAAUUUCAAGGUAUGAAAUCAUCUGCUGUGGUCCCAGGGACAAAGAUUCAAGCAGAGAAAUCAAUGUUCAAUUCUGGAGCACAAACGCAAAGUAAAAAAAAUUCCCAGUUGAUAAAACUUCAAAGAAAGAACUCUACUAAAGUCAAUCAUGAACCAGAAUUUCAGGUUGGAAAAUCCACUAAAUUGUCCUUGGGACCAAGGAUUCACAGUGUGAUGUGUUCUGAAUCCAGGGCUGAAAAGCAGGGCCAAGUCAAGGAAUCUUCUAAAAUGAGUCCAUGGCCAGAACUGCAAGGUGUAAAGUUUAUGGCAUUCAACAGAGAACUACAAUUGCAACAUAUAAAAUCUUCAGAAUUAUGCAAAAAGACAAUACAUCAAGAUGUGAAAUCUAUAAAAUUAAAUCAUGAGCAGAAGUUCCAAAAUGAGGAAUAUUCUGAACUGUUAUUGAAACCAAAGUUUCAAGAGGAGAGAUUUUCAGUGUUAAACCCUGGGCUUUCUACAGAAAAUGACUUGCACACACAGACAAAGUGUCCAGUCAAACAAUUUCGAGAACACAAGCAUGAGUCAAAAUUUCAAGGAUCACAUUUGCAAGGUGCAAAUUCUUCAAUACUAAUUCCAGAAUCAAGACCACAGUGUGUAAAUUCUACUGAAUGUCAUCCCAGGCCAAACAUGCAAGAUUUGAAUGCUUCUGAAACUGAAACUCCAGUUUCAAAAUUGCAAAGAUUUAGAGAAAAUCCAGGGACAGAGACUGAAAGUCAGACAUCUAUGAAAUUUAAUACUGAACCACAUUUGCAAGAUCUGAAACCUGAAUUUAUUCCAAACUCAACAUUUCUACAUGUAACAACCAAUGGCUACAACCUUGAACCACAGAUGCAGUAUGUAAAUUUUUCUAAACUAAGUCCAGGGCCAAAAGUACAUUGUGCAAAUGAUAUAGGGUGCAAAUAUGGGCCACCCUUACAAAGUAUAAAGUUUUCUGAGUUGGCUUCAGGAACAAAAUGUAAAGAUAUGACAUCCUCUGAUUUGAAACCCAAAUUAGAGUAUCAGGGAAUAAAAUCUACAAUUAAUCGAGAAUCACUAAUGCAAGAUAUGAAAUCCUAUGACUUGAACCCUGGGCCAGAAUUUCAAGGUACAACUUCUAUUUUGUUUAAUUCUAAACCACAUUUGCAAGAGCCAGGUUCUCAAGAUAUGAAAUCUCUAAAGUCAAACUUAUGGUCACAACCUCAAAGUUCUUUAGGGUUUACAUCAUGCCUCACACCAAAGUGUGUUAAUUCUGACAAUUCUGUACUACAGCCAUGCUUUCAAGAUGUAAAAUCUGUACAGUUGAUGCCAGCAGUCCAACAGCAAGGUAUAAAUUGUCAAGAAAUAACUUCAGGACAACAAGGUGUGAAAUCAUCAGUGGUGUUGGCUCAAGAACCAAGUAAGAAGUUCAUACCAGGACCAAUUUUAACAAGUGUGAAAAUUUCAAAUUUAUCUCUUGAAUCACAGCAACAAGAUAUGACAUCUUUGGAACUUACUUCACAUCCAAAGUUGCAUGAUAUAAAAUGUAUGAAAUUUCCUUUAGUGCUUCAGCAGAAAACUCCAACAGGGCCACUACUUCAAAGAGUAAAUUCUGAGAAUCUAGUUCCAAGAAUGAAUAAUAAAAUGACAGACUUUUCUGAGGUAAGCUCUAGGUCAGGACAUCAAUCUGUAGAAAAUGCAGAGAUGACCCCAAAGUCAUCGCAUCAAAUCUCUCAGUCCGUGAAUUUGCUUUUACCAACGUAUCAACUCGCAGAAUCUUCAAAAAUGCCGCAUAAUUUGGCACAUCAAAGUGCAAGAACUGUAAAGAAAUCUGUGGGUCUGACCCCAAAGCCCAUGGAAUCUUCAGGGAUGCCCCUGGACCGAGAUUUUAAUGGGCCAGAAUCUGCAGACCUGACUUCAUCUUUAAGAACUCACGGCUCACACUUUUCAGAGUUAGCUCCAGAGAAAAGCUAUCAAAUUUCAGAAAGCCUGAGUAUAUCUCAGUCAGGGUCUAAAAUUAAGGAAUUGGGAGAGUUCCAUAUAAGGCAACUGAGACAAGAUGUGGCACCUGAAGAGAUUAUUCCAGAGCUUAAGCAUCAUGUUACAGAAACUAUGAAGUUGAUCUCUGAAGUAAGGUCGCAAAGGGAGGAAUUCUCUGGAAUUAUGCCAGAGACAAAGUCAGUAAGCAAAGCCACUGGAUAUGGAAAUAAGUCUUCAAACUCUUACCCUCAAACGCUAGAACCUGUAGAGAUAAUCCCAGAGAAAAGGUCAUGCGGGCAAGAAUAUGUAGCUCUGAUUACAUCAGAUCACUUCACAGAACCUUUGGAGAUGACAGUAGAUGAAUUUGUAGAGUUGAUUUCUGAGAGGGGACUGCAAGCAGAGGGAUCUAUAAAAUUGACUGGAAUACCACAGCAAAAAGUGGAAUAUGCAAAGUUAGAACAUCAAGUGCAGGAAUCUGAGCAUUUAACCUCUAAGCAAUGUAGUCAAAGGAAGGAAUCUUUACAAUUGCCACUAAAAGAAACAGGGCACUGUGAGAAACAUGUGAAUUUUGUAAAGAAAACUUCUGACACUUGGCAGAAAGGAGAGAGAUCAACAUGGCAAACACAGAUAGAUAAGAAAAGUGUGAACUACUCAGAAAUAGUCCCAGAAAAAUUAGGUCAAAAGUCCCUGGAUCAAAUCAGGCAAAAGACACAGCUUCAAGCUGCUCAAACAAAAGGGGUAACUUCAGUAGUCACCUCCAAACUUGAAUCUGUGACAGGAAACCCUGGAUUACCAAUACAAGUUGAAAAGUCUGUGACAUUACCACCAUGGACAUCUUCUCAAAUGGUAGACUAUACUGAGACUACUCCACAACAGCAAGAUAGAAGGUUAUCAGAACUUAUCUCAGGUCUGUGGUUUCAGAAUAAGAAAGCUAACAAAUUCAUUACAGAACCAACACACCAAAUUGUGGAAAUAAUUGAUAUGACAGGGUUUCAAAUUGUAAAGACUAUAUUAUUCCCAGGACCACCAUUUCAAAUAAUAAAAUCUGAAAAAUUAGCACCAGGACCAAUUCCUCAGGUUUUAGAACCAAUAGGAAUAUCUCUGGUAUUGGGACGUAACAACAUGAAUUAUUUUGAUUUACUCACAAUGACAAAUUUCCAAGAAUGGGCAGAACCCGUAGAAUUAAGUGCAAGGUCAAAUAAUGAAAUAAAAUCUUCAGAAUUUUCUUCAAAAGCAGCAUCUCCAUUCAUGGGACUCACAGAAUUGACUCAUGAAGAAAAGCUUCUGGCCUUGAAAUCUUUAAGUGAAAAAACAGUGCCUUUUCAAGUCACGGAAUCUGAGGAUUUUAUUUUGAAACAAUUGUGUCUCAAUAGGGGAUCUGAGGAGUUAACAUCAGGGGUAGAGCUCCAAAAAGAGAAAUACUUCCCUAAAUUUCCAUGCAACUCUUCAAAUUCACUCAUCUCAAGCACUAUCAAAACAUCAUCAGGAUUAGGAUGCUUUUGGGAUAUGGAGAUGCCAGAAGUACUGAAAACUAUGGAAACAAAAAACUCUGCAACACAUUUUUUACAGUCUGAAGAGUUCUUUGACCAAAGUAAGAGGCCAUUGUCAACCCAGCCUCCUCUUAAUAUAGUUAACACAGUAAAAAAAACACAUUCUGAAGUCCUAGGAAAGGACAUUGUAUUCAAGGAGAGGACUAUGUUGGGGCAAGUGGAGGAGCCGAAAAAAUCCUCCCAGAGUCUCUCUCAAUACUUUCCCCAACACUCGAGAUCAUCAUCUAAAACCUUUCAGAAAAGACCAGGUGCUCGAGGAAGUCUUCCCUGUUUUGUCUUGCGAAGACAACAGAAUGUCUGGGAGAGUCACUCCUGGAAGCAGCGACUACCUAGAAAGUAUCUCUCCAGUAUGCUAGUGCUGGGAAAUGUCUUACAAACCAAUAUGGAAAGGAAACUUUGUUCUCAAACAGAUCUGUCUGAAGGAGCAAAUACUCAUCAAUCUAUUCAGAAUGUAUUUGGGGUUCCACCUGAACUGAUAGAAUUUUCCCAGAGUCUACCAAAGAAGGGUUGGAGUGCUAUUUCUCCACCUGCAGUGGGUAAAAACUAUAUUCAGAGACAUACUUUACAUUAUGGUAAUAAUGAUAAAAGAGUGACCCUAAGGAUGUGGACACGCCGAUCUAUGUCCUCUAUGAUGCAACAAUACUCUGCAGCUAGAAUAAAAAUAAAGAAAAUAAGCCCAAAGCUUAAUGAUAAAGUCCAGGAAUUGAUUCAUUGCAUGCCUAUUUCAUAUAACACAGAGAGCCAGCUGCCUUUCCCAGGAAAGUCUCCUCUUAAUAAAUAUUUGGCUGAGAGUCCUUUUCCAGUGGAAGAGAGUGAGAACUCAUAUACACAUACUGACUUUCAACACUCCUACAAGCCAAGUUAUGCAUCCCAGGCCAAGACAAUCUUCUCUGAACAGUUUCAGCUGCUACAAGAGCUACAGCUGAAAAUAGCUGCAAAACUGUUAAGGAGUCAAGUACCCCACAAUGUGCCUCCACCUCUAUCUUCAGGUCUAGUUCUAAAGUAUCCUAUCUGUUUAAAAUGUGGCCAAUGUGCAGGAUUUGAUUGCUGUCAUCAAGCACAGACCUCCUCUGGGCCGUAUCUUCUUAUUUAUCCACAGCUCCACCUUGUAAGCACUCCUGAGGGUCAUGGAGAGAUCAGGUUACAUCUUGGCUUUAGGUUAAGAACUGGAAAAAGACCACAAAUCCCAAAAUAUCAUAGAAGAGAUAGACCUGUUACACCAAAGAGCUUUCAAUCGCUAUCACAAAGGAAACCUAAAAUUCAUACUCAAGUUUCAACUUCUACAUUAGAUUCAGAGUCUGGGUCUACUCAGUCUCCUUUACAAUACCACAUCAGGCAAAGGCUAUGUAAUAGUCGUGACUUAGUAGGAAAGAGAAAAGCUGGAAAAUCUAGCCACUGUGAAGUCACUCAAGUUCACUCUCUACCAGAUACUGACUCUGAAAGCAACGAGGAUGAAAAAUGGGCAAACGUGAGAAGAAAAAAGCCAAACUAUUUAAAGAACAGAACCACCAAAGGAGUUAGAACACCAACCACAAAGUUCUACACAAAUGGUAGAAACACAACACAGAGUCAGCUUAGGGAAUUACCUAUGCAACCAGAAGGAAAGAACAAUGGCACAUCUCAAAUGAUGACUAUCUCUUUAGAAAAACAACCUAAGAAAUCUUGCCAACCCAAAUUCAUCCAAAUACUUUCUCAGAGCAUAAAGCAGGCGUUCCAAAGGGCACACAACAUUAUAGCUUUUGCUGCACAUAAGUUUGAGGAAAGAACAAGGUCAGGUUACGUGUGUGAAGACAAAGACAACCAUCCAGAGCAAAAAGACAUAAGUUCAUCAAAAGACAGAAUGUCAGUUGUCAACCUAAAUCCAAUAGGCACCAUUACUAAACAAAAAAUCCCCUCCGGGGAUACAACAGACCAAUUUAUAUCAUCUCAACAACCAAAAACUGUUCAAUCUUUCCAAUCCAAGGUCACCCACCUGCUCAAGCCCAAAGUUUCCCAAGAAAGUUCCACAUACUACAGUAGAAAAAAAGAUAGUAAUACCAGAGUUAAGGAAAACUACAGAAGUGAAACAUCUAGUAAUGAGUCCAGGAAAUCCAAAGUGGGAAACACAAACCAUCCCAGUGAUUCUAAGAGGAGCCAUCCAUGCCCCUCUGAGAGGAGUUGUCGAAUUUCUUCUGAGAGGAGAUUCUGCAUGGCGAGCGGGCGGAAGUGGCGUGUGCUGGGCCGCAUCCCUCGGGUGCGCUGGGAGGCGUGGAGCCUCCGGGAGUGA